CCAGCACAGCCUGACUAGGUUGCAGAGCGCCUCAAAGACACUUUCCUUUCUGCUUCAGCCGACUAAAGUGAUCAGACCGAGGCUUUAGGAUGCCACUUUCUAGCAGCUCCACAUCCUCCACCAAGAGUGUCCGCAGAGCGGCAUCCGAGCUGGAGAGGUCGGAUUCCAUAACGCUAUGUUUUAGGAUCUACCUCGAUUGCAUUGCUGUUCCAAUGCGCUUUUGGAGAUGUAAAGCGCUCCCAUCAAAUACCCAAAGAGACAUCCAAAAAUCUCAGAGGUUCAUCGGUAGACGACAGAGUUUGAUCGAGGAUGCGCGGAAGGAGAGAGAAGCGGCAGCGGCAGCGGCGGAGGCAGCGGAGGCCACUGAGCAGAUCGUGUUUGAGGAGGAAGAUGGAAAGGCGCUUCUGAACAUGUUCUUCACUUUGAGGAACUCCAAAACGCCUGCGCUUUCCAGGACACUCAAAGUCUUCGAGACAUUUGAAGCAAAGAUUCACCACUUGGAGACUCGACCAUCCAGAAGGUUCAGGGAAAACCUUGGGGACCUGGAGUAUUUUGUUCGCUGUGAGCUGCACCUCUCUGAUGUCAGCACUCUGGUCAGCUCUAUUAAGAGAAACGCAGAGGAUGUCAAAACCACCAAAGAAGUCAAAUUUCACUGGUUCCCAAAGAAAAUUGGAGAUCUGGACAGAUGUCAUCAUUUGGUCACAAAAUUUGAUCCAGACCUAGACGAAGACCAUCCUGGCUACAGAGACCCCAUCUACAGGCAGAGAAGAAAACUGAUUGGGGAUAUUGCUUUCACAUAUAAACAUGGGCAACCAAUUCCCAGAGUGGAGUACACAGAGGAGGAGAUUGGCACAUGGCGUCAAGUCUAUUCAACCCUUAGGGAUUUGUAUGUCACCCACGCCUGCAAAGAACACCUUGAGGCCUUUCGUCUGCUGGAGAAGCACUGCGGCUACAGUCCAGACAACAUUCCCCAGUUGGAAGACGUGUCAUGCUUCCUUAAAGAACGCACAGGGUUUCAGCUGCGUCCGGUGGCAGGUCUGCUCUCAGCCAGAGACUUUCUGGCAAGUCUUGCAUUUCGUGUGUUCCAGUGUACCCAGUACAUCCGACAUGCUUCGUCCCCUAAUCACUCCCCAGAACCGGACUGUGUCCAUGAACUGCUUGGCCAUGUCCCCAUGCUGGCCGAUCGCACUUUUGCCCAGUUUUCACAGAACCUUGGUCUGGCAUCGCUGGGAGCGUCAGAUGAAGACAUAGAGAAGCUGUCAACUCUUUACUGGUUUACAGUUGAAUAUGGCCUCUGUAAACAAAAUGGUGAAGUAAGGGCUUAUGGAGCCGGGCUGCUUUCUUCCUAUGGAGAGCUUGUGCAUUCUCUCUCUGAUGAACCAGAGGUGCGGGAGUUUGAUCCAGAGGCUGCAGCAGUUCAGCCCUACCAAGACCAGAACUACCAGCCUGUUUACUUUAUUUCAGAAAGUUUUCCAGACGCCAAGGAGAAAUUCAGGACAUACGUAGCGGGUAUCAAGCGUCCCUUCUCAGUCAGGUACGAUCCGUAUACAUGCAGCGUUGAAGUCCUGGACAACCCACUGAAGAUACAAGGAGGUCUGGAGGGAGUAAAAGAUGAGAUCAAGGUGUUAACAGACGCCCUCGCUGUUUUGUCAUGAUGAUAGUCGGUUGUUUGCCCUCUAUACUGAGCUCUGCAGAGUCAUAAGUGUGAAGAGACCAUCACAUGUAUCUUAAGUGUAAUUUAGUAAGAUGCUGGGUUAUUGCAGUGUGUGUUUAUGAAAACUUUCCAACUAUGUCGAAAGAUUUGCCCAGUGUGAAUGUAUUUGUGACAAUAUGUACUGUGGUUCUACUUUGCUAAAAAAAAAAGUAUGCUUUAAUUAGGAAAAGUGUCCAAAUGUGCUAAUAUUGGAGCCACCAUCAAAGAAAAUUGUGUUUAUGAAUGUAUACAGAUUAAAGAAAAUAAUAUUUUAAAAUCAAACACAUGUAAUUGUUUAGUCGACAUUGCAUAUUUUUUCGUGAUUUAUUUUGCCAAACAAUAUAUAUAUUUAAAUAUAAUGAAAGUUCUUAUUAAAUAAUUGAUUUUAUGUAACUGAAUAGGUGUUUGUAAAUUAAUGCAUGUGUUA